AUGGUGAUUUCAGAGGGAGAUAGGAGGCCCUGGAUCCUUUCAGGGGUGUAUGCUAGUACCGAGUACAGGGAUAGGAGGGUUUUGCGGGAUGAAGCUUCUCAGGCAAUCAGUUUGGGCUACCCAGUGUUGAUGGCAGGGAACUUUAAUUGUAUUGUUGGUUCACAGGAGAAGAUGGGGGGGAAACCUUUCUCCCAACUCAGAAAGUUCAAGGAGUUCCAAGACUUUCUCACUUCUAAUGGAUUGGUAGAUCUGGGCUAUUCGGGCCCUUGUUUCACUUGGUGCAAUAAUCAGCAGGGGCGGGCCCGAGUCUGGGAGAGAUUAGACAGGGCUUGUGCUACAGCUGGGUGGGUCCAGUGCUAUCCAGACUAUCAUGUUAGACACCUGCCCAGGAUUGCUUCGGACCACAGCCCUUUGUUGGUGAGCAUCGAGGCACAUUUUCAGGUACGCCCCCCAUUUAGAUUUGAGAAGUUUUGGCUAUGUUAUCCUCGGUCCUGGGAGAUGGUGAGGGAGGCUUGGAGUUCUCCGGUCAGGGGAGAUGAUAUGUAUCGGGUGUCCCGCAAGUUGGAGCUGACUAGGAGGCGGUUGUGGAGGUGGAACCGUGAGGAAGUGGGGAACAUCUUUCGAAGGACGGAGGAGGAAGAGGAGGCCAUUGCAAGGUUACAGUCUCAGGAGGCACAGAGGGGAGGGUUGGCGGAGGAGGAGUUGAGGGAGCUCAGAUCGCACUUGGCAGCACAUAAUUCUCUUCUCAGGCAGCAGGAGACUUUAUGGAGACAGAAAUCCAGGGUGCAGUGGAUUUUGGAAGGGGACCGGAACACUAGGUUCUUUCAUCAGGCGACAGUGAUCAGGAGGCACCAGAACAGGAUCAGGGGCAUCCUGGGGGAGGAUGGGCAGAGGUCAGAGGAUCCUGAUACGAUCCGGAGGGUGAUGGAGGGAUUCUUCAGAGCUCGGUGGACGGAGAUGGCCGGGGAUGGGAGCCGUGGUUUGAUGCCGUCUCUGGGAGUCAGGGUGUUGGAGGAGGAGACUGAUGCGCUGAUUAGACCGGUAUCGGAGAGGGAGAUCAGAGAGGCCAUGUGGUCCCUCGAGGGGGACAAGGCGCCUGGACCGGAUGGAUUUCCUCCUAUGUUCUUUCGGAGGUACUGGAUGAUAGUGGGACAGGAUGUGACGGCGGCCAUUUUGCAGUUCAUCAGUACAGCAGUGAUGGCGCCAGAUUGGCAGCGGACUUUCAUCACCUUGAUACCGAAGCGGCAGGAUGCUUUUGAGCCGGGUCAUUUUCGUCCGAUUAGCCUGUGCACCACCUUGUACAAGGCUAUGGCGAAGAUACUUGCCGUUAGGUUGAGGGAGAUCCUUCCGAGAUUGAUCAGUCCUGAGCAGGGGGCUUUUAUUGGUGGGCGCAGUAUUUCCGAUAAUGUUCUCAUUGCACAGGAGUUUAUGUUUGAUCUUGGUAGGGCCACGAUGAGGAGGAGCUUGAUGGGUGUCAAGCUUGAUAUGGAGAGGGCCUACGAUAGGAUGCGUUGGGAUUUUGUGCAUCAGUCUCUGCUGGGGUUCGGAUUUCAUGAUGUAUGGAUUCAGUGGAUCAUGGGAUGUGUUAGGGCUCCGUCAUUUGCCAUCCUGGUAAAUGGCACGCCAUCUGGUUUCUUCGAGCCUUCGGGAGGGCUGCGACAGGGAUGUCCCCUAUCACCCCUGCUAUUUAUUAUCUGUGCGGAUGCUCUGUCUAGAGCAUUGCGUCAGGCGGUGAUUGCCCAGGAGUUGGAGGUGUACAGGCCAGCGGUUGGUGCCCCCCCGAUUUCUCACUUACUGUUUGCUGACGAUUGUCUGUUGCUAGCCCGGUCGUCGCGGCAGGACGCCCGGGUCAUUGCCAGGAUUCUUCGAGAUUAUUGUGAUGCAUCUGGCCAGCGGGUGAAUUUUUCUAAGUCAGCAGUUUGUUUCAGUCCGAAGACCAAACGGACGGUGAGGCUUUCCAUUAUGGAGAUAUUAGGGGUGGGUGAGCAGGAUGGCACUAUGAGAUAUCUGGGAGUCCCGAUCUCAGGCCGACGGCUGCGAGGUAGGGACUGCUGUUCGCUUGAGCUCAGCAUCAGGCAGAGGUUGGAGGGCUGGCAGAUGCACUCGCUGUCUAUGAUGGGCAGGAUUACUUUGGUACGGUCCGUUCUUUCUUCGAUCCCCAUAUAUUUACUUUCCAAUUGUUUCAUUCCAGUGUCGGUUUUGAGGCCCAUUGAGCAGCUUCUUAGAAACUUCAUAUGGGGAAGGCAUGGAGGCAGAGGUGGCAUCCAUUUGUUAGCAUGGGAGGUGGUGUGUCAGCCCACCAGGUUUGGGGGCCUGGGUGUGCAGUCCCUGUUGGCUAGGCGAGAGGUGUUGGCUGCCCGACAUGUCGCGAGAUUUGUUCUGGAGCCUAGCAGUAUAUGGUCCUCGUUGAUGAGGGCGAAGUAUGGGGUGUUGGUGCCUGGUGUGAGAGCCACUCGCUAUCAUUCUCCGGUGUGGAAGGAGAUGUGUGCCAGGGCUAUGCUGGUCCUUCAGGAGAUCAGAUGGGCUAUUGGUGACGGUCGUUCUAUUGAUGUGUUGGAGGAUUGCUGGGUGACUGCACAGCCGCUCAGCCGUCUGCCGACCUUGGUGGAUUCGGGACGAUUGGCGGGCCACACGGUUAGUGACCUGAUGAUCUCAGAGGAGGGCCGAUGGAGGGAGGAGAUGAUUAGGGAGGUCUUUGGGGUGCAUUUGGUGGAGAUGGUUCUAGCCCUCCCGGUGCCAAUUAGAGGGGAGCCUGACAGGUUAGUGUGGGCGCCGACGGGGCGAUCGCAGGUGCGCGCCAGAGAUCUACAGGCUUUGUUCAGGGGGGAGUCAGCUCGGCAGAUAGAGGGAGGGUGGAUUUGGAGGAUGCGGAUCCAUCCGCGGGUGGCGCUCUUUUUUUGGAAGGUGGCCUGGGGCUGCCUUCCAACUAGGAGUGUGCUAGUCCGGCGGGGCAUGCGGAUCUUGCAGUGCUGCGAGGUGUGUACGGUCAGUGAGGAGACUAUUGGGCACGUUCUUUUGCAGUGUCCCAGGGCUAGGGAGAUUUGGAGGAGGUCACCAGUCCCUCUUCCCCGGUCGGUUGUGUCGGUACAGGAUCUGCUGCAGCUGGUGAGAGAUUCUUUCCGGCAGCCUAGUUCAGUGGAGGCAGGGGUUCUCAGAGCAUAUCUGGCCUACCACAUUUGGUUGGAUAGGAAUGCGGUUUUGUUUGAUGGCAGGAGGUCCUCGCCGAGGUUGGUGGUGGUUAGUGCAGUGCUUCAGGCUAGAGAGGUGAUCUCAUGCGCUGCUACGGGUUCUCUUGGGACGGCCGGGGACAUCUGGGGCACUCGUUUCGCUAUUACAGCGCCCAGUGUGGCGGCAGAUGGGAGGUCUGGAGGGGUUGGUUUUGUGAUCAGAGACCACCGUGGCAGCUUGGUUGCAGCGGGGGGCCGUCAUAUACCAGGCCUUACGGUAGUUGGGGCAGAGCUUCAAGCUGCCUGGGAGGGGAUUACCUAUACGAGACGGGUGCUCGGUGCUGAGCGGGUGUACAUUGAGGGAGAUUCAUCGACGGUGAUCGAGUGGAUUCGGAGUGCAGACCGGUAUGGGGAUGGCCACCCACUCAUUUGCGAUACCUGCAAGCUGGUUGCUGAGCUAGGCGAGCAUCAGGUUGCACAUGCUUUUCGGGAGGCGAACAGGGCUGCAGACUGGGUCGCCUCCUAUGUUGCACGACAUUCCGGAGAGUUCUUGUGGACAUCCAUAGCAGAGCUCCCGCCCCCUUUGUACUCUUUACUUUCUUUUGACUCGGCAGGAUGUAUUCUGGUUAGAGCAAUAUGA